CACCGGCAAAGGGGCGGGCGCUACAGCGGCGAGGACGCUAGAACAUGGCGGAUAGAGGAGGGGGCGGGCAGCUGACUCCUGGAAAAACGAAGAAAUUGUGCUAUUUAUUGAAGAUUUUUUAAAGAUAUUUAUUAGUAUUUAGACAGGUUUUCUACCUUUUUCUUGAAGAUGGACCGUGUUUAGCCCCGGGCCAAGGGUUUAAGCUGAAUGCAUUGUGAUUUCCAAUAAUUGAGACAGUGAUUUGUAAAAAGCUGUCUACAUUAAUGAAAAGAACAAUGUAAUCGGCUUGGCAUGCUCAAACAGCCGAGUGGGUUCUUUUGCAUCCGUCUGUGUUUUUUUUUUUUUUAGGUUUGUUUGAUUUUUAGCACUUAGACAGAUUUCUAUCCAGACAGGGUCACAUAUCAGAGUAGAAUUAUUAGUUAUUGGAUGAUGGAUGUCGCUGAGUUUGUGCCUCCUCUCCCUCUGGAGCCUCCUGACGAUGAAAUGUCAGGAAGCGGUACGUGUAAAGCUCCUCCACCACCUCCCCUGCAAACGUCCAGUGACGCCGAGGAAAUGGACGUUAGCUCCGGCGGUGAUGGACCCUCGUUCGCGCCGACCGAGGACGCCACGCUCCUCACUAAGGGCUCGGUGUCUUUUAGCAGUCGUGCGUUACACGCCGACCCGUGCCCCGGCACCGGGCGCCACGCUCCCCCCGUUACCUCCUUCCUCCCCGACCUUAGGCUCCUCCGAGACGUUAAGAUCAGUGUCCGAUUCGGAGGAGACGCCGGCGCCGGCAGCAGUCCCAGUGGCAGCAAAGGGAAAGACAGGAAAGUGUUGUACACGGGGCAGGGGCAGAUAGAUAAGCGGCAGCUAGAGAACGGCGAACGGCCGCAGGGAAGCGCAGGGGAAGGGGCGGUGCAGGGGACCGCCGGGGUAGAAUUUGAGGCUGAGCAGGAGAACAAGGUGGAAUUUGCUGUGCUGGACGAGCUGGAGGAUUUCAGCGAGAACUUCCUGGAUACUGAAGACGGAGAGGAGAGCGAGUACACCUCUGAUAUCAUCGUUCAGAAGCAGCAGGCCAACGACGAGGACCACGUUUACUCCUACGAGGACGACUUUGACAAUGAUGUAGAUGCCCUGUUAGAGGAAGGCAUGCCUGUGCCUAAGAAGAUGCGCCUGGCCGAGGGCAAAUACACAGCAGACAGCGAUCAUCAGUCUGACACGGAGCAGGGUGUCCAGCCCAUGAUUACCAAAAUUAAGACUGUUCUCAAGAGUCGCGGACGUCCGCCUACAGAGCCUCUUCCUGACGGUUGGAUCAUGACAUUCCAUAACUCCGGCAUUCCAGUCUACCUCCACCGGGAAACCCGGGUCGUCACCUGGUCCAGACCGUAUUUCCUCGGAACCGGAAGCAUUAGGAAACACGACCCUCCUACCAGUAGCAUCCCCUGUUUGCACUAUAAGAAAAUGAAGGAACAGGAAGAAAAGGAGCAGAACGGAGAAGUGACCCCCAACGUGUCUCCGGUGAAGGACGGCGAGGAAGGAGAACCCCAGGAGAGAACCGAAGAACCCGACUCCACGGCUCCGGAGGGGACGUGUGACGAGUCCAACCCGGACACGAUGGUAAAGGAGUGUCAGGGGGGUGAGACGGCUCAGGGCGCACUGGGGCAGGUCAAAGCCAAGGUGGAGGUGUGCAAGGACGAGUCGGUUGACAUCGAGGCGUUUCGCGGCUACCUGGAGAAGCGCUUCGACUUCGAGCAAGUGACGGUAAAGAAGUUCCGCACCUGGGCGGAGCGACGGCAGUUCAACCGGGACAUGAAGAGGAAGCAGGCGGAGUCCGAGAGGCCCAUCCUCCCGGCCAAUCAGAAGCUCAUCACUCUGUCGGUCCAGGACGCGCCCACUAAGAAAGAGUUCAUCAUCAACCCGAAUGGAAAGUCUGAGGUUUGCAUCCUACACGAAUAUAUGCAACGUGUGCUCAAGGUCCGACCAGUUUACAACUUUUUUGAAUGUGAAAACCCAAGUGAACCCUUCGGUGCUUCGGUUAUUAUAGACGGCGUCACGUACGGCACCGGGACAGCGAGUAGCAAAAAACUCGCCAAGAAUAAAGCAGCUCGAGCCACACUGGAGAUCCUCAUCCCAGACUUUGUGAAGCAGACGGCUGAGGAGAAGCCGGUGGAAGGAGAUGAACUGGAGUAUUUUAACCAUAUCAGUAUUGAAGACUCUCGAGUGUAUGAACUGACCAACAAAGCAGGCUUACUGUCACCAUACCAGAUCCUUCACGAGUGCCUUAAGAGAAAUCAUGGCAUGGGGGACACCAGCAUCAAGUUCGAGGUCAUCCCGGGGAAGAACCAGAAGAGCGAAUACGUGAUGACGUGUGGGAAACACAGCGUACGUGGAUGGUGUAAGAACAAGAGAGUGGGUAAACAGCUGGCCUCUCAGAAGAUCCUCCAGAUGUUGCAUCCUCACGUGAAGAACUGGGGCUCACUCUUACGCAUGUACGGCAGAGAGAACAACAAGAUGGUGAAGAAGGAAAAUUCAGACAAGAGCGUGAUCGAGUUGCAGCAGUACGCCAAAAAGAACAAGCCCAACCUCCACAUACUGAACAAACUUCAAGAGGAGAUGAGGAAACUGGCUAAAGAGAGGGAGGAGACGAAAAAGAAGCCCAAAAUGACUGUGAUGGAAUCUGCGCAGCCCGGGAGCGAGCCUCUGUGCACCGUCGACGUGUAGGACCUUCAGCCCACCUUCUCGCUCAUUUUCUCGCACUGAAGAUCUCAAACAAAAAAAGUCACUUCAUCAUGGUUUCACGUUUUACACACACACACACACACACACACACACACACACACACACACACACACACACACGAUCGAUUAUGCAGUUAGCACGAAAAAAAGGCAAUACCAUGCAGGAACCCGAAUUAAAUCCGAUGCACUAGGGGGCGAUGAUGAGACGAGGACGAGGCCACACGUCAUCAGCUUCUUCCCUCCCCCAUCUGUUCUUUUUUCUUUUCUUUUCUCUCUCUCUUUAAACAAGUCUCUACUUCUUUGCAACAGGGUGCAGUCAAACACGUGCUCAUGUCCAAAUGCUUGCGUUUGUGGAUUUUAAACGUGGCUGCUCGAUAUUUUAACAAAAGAACAAUUUUAUAUAUAAAUGAUUGAUUUAAUAAAGGAUUUCCUGCUGGACAUGUUCCAUA